CAUUAAAGGAUCCCUAAACGCAAACAGCUCCACUAAAGAACAGCCACUCCCAGGUGAAAGCAUGCAGGGCUUCUAACGUCCAUUCCUGGACCUGAAUUAUGCACCUGAAGCUGCACUGAGACUAGCCGGACUGAUAGGAUAACUCUGGCUGGGAGGAAAGGAAUCUAAAGGGACCAGUCUGCCAGCUGCUCUACACCGACGAACACCUUGUUCACCUGAACAAGUAAUUAAGCUUCAUUAUAUAUCUGACAUCGCAAAGUGUUUCACAACAAAUACAACCAAAGCCACAAGUUCCAAAACACAAGAAGUACAAGAUCAGAUGCAUUUCCAGGAGCAUUUUCACACUAAUCUGAGCACUACAGCGUGAACAGAGAUGCUGCCAUCACUGCUGGAAACUAAGCAAACAGAGGCAAUGCUGGCAAUUUUAGAGCAGUGGGACCAGCUGUCCGGGUCUUACACAGACAACACUCACAACUAUUUCCUACUUUUGCUUUUUAAGAGUGCAAUGGACACAGCGGCCUUUUGCUUAUGCAGCUGUAAACAGUACAAAUCCCCUUUAAGCAUGUGCAGCCUGUCCAUUGCGCUGGCUGACUUGGUGAUGGUGUUCUUUGUGGCCACCGUGUGGUUUCUGAGAGCUGAAGGCUCUUCUGUAUCGCUCUGCUUCUUCUUGGCUCAUGCUUCAGCAACAUUUACAGCCCUGCCGCUGCCCAUGAUGAGCCUGGGUUUGUUGGACUAUUGUUUAGAGGAUACAUAUGUCAACCACCACAGAACCUUCUGCAAACUCCUCAGGAACGUGCUCCUAACACUGCUGGUGUGGGCGCUCGCCAUUAUUUACUCUUUUCACACGGUCAGUGCCAAGCCCAUGAAGCUGUACGAGGAGAAGGGUAUGACGGCUCUGAUGUGUGAAGUGGGAGAGUCAUCGCUGAUCACCUAUUUCAUUCUGGGGCUUUUCUGCGCGUUACUUUUUAUCAUACUGCCAUUUUGGUCAAGGAUUCCCCAGUGGGUGAUGGAGGCUGAUAGGUUAUCCAACGCAAGGACUGAACACAAGAGCAAGAAGAGCGACUUGAUGUUCACUUCAACCCCCAGCCUGGAGACAAAAAGCAGCGAGGAGAAUCACCUGGAGGUGACCAACGGGCAGCGACCGCCUCUGUGGCUCAGCCUCACGCUGGGCUUCGGUGAAAUCUGGAUGGCUUAUCUGGCCACAUGUGUGGCCUGCAUGGUCUGUGGCCUCGGAGUACCUGCCUAUGUUUCUGUUAAUGUCCUGUGGUUGGAAUGCACCAACAGUCUCCUGGUAGGGUUGGUGUUCUGGGUGAAGAGCAAAACACGAGGGCCGUACAGUCAUCUACCUGAAAACGUGUGCUCGUGGAACGUUUACUGGCAUUUGAGCAAAGGAGUGCAGCAGAAGCAGCUCCCUGUAGCUGUGUUUAACCCACCAAAAGCCAAGAGAAACAAUGACUUCUAUGUGUAGGAGACCAGACAGCAGACACUGAAUAUCAUGAAAACCAGGGGAGUCAAACUCAUCUUAGUCCAGGUUCCACAUUCAGUCCAAUCUGACCUCCAGUGGACCGGACCAGUAAAACCACAGCAUAAUAAAAUACACAAAACCACAACUCCUGAUGGUUCCUUUGUUUUAGUGCAAAAUGUUCACAUUUAAGGAUUUUUUUUUUUUUGCAAACCAUCAUGAACAACCUGAAAUUUCUCAAGAAAAAUAAAUUCAUUUUCAGCAACA